UCAGCCAUCAUUCAAGACUAUGGCUGCUGUGUCGGAUUUGUACACGGAUUUGGACGGCCAUUUGGUCCGCAAAUAUUCCCUUGAUGUAAUUCAAGUCCCGAGACUGCAUUACCAGGACCCUAAAGCCACAGAAAUAAUUAAGAAUGAGUGCCCAGUUGUUUUAACCGACUCCGACAUAAUAUCAAGCGCUAUGAAAUGGGACAUUGAGUAUUUGAGGGAAAACAUUGGUGAUGGAGAUUUUGCUGUCUAUGCUUCCGAAGACAACAAGUUUAUGUACUAUGACGAGAAGCGUGUAAAAAACUGGCCUCACUUCAGGCCACCAACUGUUAGGAUAGACAUGAAGUUUGAGCAGUUUUACAAACAAGUGAACAAGUUUGAUCCAACUAUGGCAAAAGCAGGAAAUUUGAGAUUCUAUCUUCAGCAGAUGUUAAAUGAUCAAGUUGGAAGGAAUAUUGUUGCAGAUUUUCUUGGUUUCAAUUGGGCGUGGCUGAACACGAUGCAGAAAGAGAUGGACUGGGGCCCACUUACCUCUAAUCUCCUGUUGAUUGGUCUCCCUGGCAACAUAACACCUGUCCACUACGAUGAGCAGCAAAACCUUUUUUGCCAAGUUACAGGAUGCAAACGAGUGCUACUGUUCCACCCAGACAAGUUCAAAUGUCUUUAUCCAUUCCCUGUCCAUCACCCUUGUGAUCGGCAAAGCCAGGUUGACUUUGAUUGCCCUGACUACAUAAGAUUUCCACUGUUCAAGGAAAUCUGUGGUAUGGAAGCUAUGGUCAAGCCUGGUGAUGUGCUGUAUAUCCCAAUGUACUGGUGGCAUUACGUGGAAUCAACUUUGAAUGGUGGAAUUACCACAUCUGUCAACUUCUGGUACAAGGCCGGCCAGACUCCAAGUGAGAUAUCAUUCCCUUUGUCCAGCCAACAGAAGAUUGCAAUUAUGAGGAACAUCGAGAGAAUGCUAGGGGACGCCCUUGGGAGUCAUACUGAGGUUGGGCCCCUGCUCAAUUUGAUGGUGAAUGGGAGAUAUAAUUUACCAGAGACAGAAUCCAAGAAAGGAGAAACCCACAGCUCACAUAGUUAAUGUGACAAGCUCAACCCAAGUGUUACUAAGACAGUAUUCUUAGUUUGGCUGGAAGCUAAAGCAUUAAGAAAAAGCUGUGCCAUAUUCUUGAUUAUGAUCUUAAGAAAGAGUUGCUCCAGGGGGGGACUCUAAUAAAAACAGACGGGGGUGAUCGACAGAAAAAUCGAUUUCAAUCCUAAGGGGUUGCACUUUGGUUGUGCUCAACAUAACUUCUUCCCCCUUAGAGAUAUUAAAUUAGGUGUGGUUGAAGGAAUUUAUAACCCCAAGCGAUAGCAGAAUUGGAAAAAAUUGUAAAUCUUCCACCCUUAGGAAUAGAAGUUGGUCGAAAUUUUAUACCCUAAAAGUUGUGACAAUCAGCCCCAUUCUACUUUUCUAGAGAUCCCCCCCCCCCCCCCCCCCACAGAGUUGCUCUGCUUCCUAAGCUUACAUCUUAUAACCCAAACUGCAGCAAUGAGAGAGAUUGACUUGAUUGUCUCAUAACAUAUUGUGACUUAGGAAUGGUAAGCCUUAAUAUUUCAUCCUUUGUUAUCUACACCCUUUUUUUAUAAGAACGUCUUAUUUUCAGUUAAGGCUGGGCCAUUCUUUAUUUUUGGAGCAUUAUAAGGCUGAAAAUGUUCUUCAAUUUUAUUGUAUAAAAAAAUAUAAUACCAUUUGAAUAAAGAGAAUGAGUGUUACAUAGCCAGAGUAUCAGGGGAUUUAAUUUGAUCGCUUUCAGGUAUAUACUUCAUAGGGAACGAUAAAAGGGCCUGACACUCGGGCUAAGAAUUACACAAAUGAUCAAUAGCAAUAUUUAAUGUGGUUUUGAAAACAAUUCGAUUCUGUAUUUUCGAAUGCUUCAGACUAUCAAAAAAAUAUUUUGCUGAUAUCUGAGCAUCGGCAUGUUCUUAAAAUUUGGUGAAACUUCUGGCUGGAUGUUCUUACAAAGAAGGUUCUUAUUAAAAGAAAGAGUGUAUUCAAUUUAUAUUUAGGUCAAAUAAGAUACAUUGAGCUUUACAAGGUUGGUUAAACACAUUUAUGACAUAACGAGUCAGCUAAACCCUUCUGGCAUAUACAAUUUUAAUGCAAGGGUUAGAAAAAAAAUCCGCAUUUUAAAUAUUUUUGUAGACUAAAAGUAGACUAACCCUGCUCCAAGAGAAACAUAAUUAAUUAAAUUGAUAUAUAAUGAGAUGCUAAUAAGCCUAAACAAGGACCCUCACUAUAAAAGGGCCUGGACCAGGUCCACGAAAGGCUCAGUUGUCAGUAAACUGCUACGCAGUGCGGAGCUCCAGAGUUCAGUCAAGCGUGUCUCGUCUACCCACGAGGAGCGAAACCCAAACUCAACUUUUGAAGCCCUUUUCUUUUUGUUUGCUCGGUUUAUUUUCUCGUGGUUACUAACAAUGUCUAGUUCCAGAUAUUACCCAUACCCCCCACCCCUCUGGGAUUUCCAACCCCCUGGAAAAAGAUAAAUACAGUAACUGUAAAGGAAGAAGGAUAUGAAUGACUUGGUUCAUUCUAGUCAAUACAGAGACCAUUAUAAUUCCUUAGGAGGAUGAUAGUGAUUUGCUGAGAAUUUCAAACCCCCUGGAAAAAGAUAAAUACAGUAACUGUUAAGGAAAAAGGGCAUUUUACCCCCCUUUUCCCUCUGAAAAUUCCUGUGCAUCUGAACCCCACCCCCCGGAAUUUCCAAUCCCCUAAAUGGGGGGGUAUGGAUAUUUUCUGGAACUACACAAUAAAACACCUACCAAAAUAGCAGGAAUUUGCAGUAAGAUUUAGUUCAAAUUUUUAACGAUAACACAACUAAAAAGUCUCACUGCCAACCCAAUGUUACGGUGUGUUGUAAACAUGUGUUACGGUGAAUUGUAUACAUUUGAUAGCUGCCCUGAAAUUGUUGUUUUUGUAAGGUUUACUGUUUGCUGUUCAUAGUUAAAUAUAUUGUAUAUAUGAAAUGCAAUAGAAUAUCUAUUUAGUAAGCAAAUAAAAGGGAAAAAUACGGCUGAUA